AUGCAUUUUACGUGUAAUACUUGUGGAUUGGCGUUCCAUGACGCUGAGAAUCAGAGGGAGCACAUGAAAGGGGACUGGCACAGAUACAAUCUUAAAAGAAGGGUGGCUGAUUUGCCACCAGUAGAUGAACAGACUUUUAAUAGCAAGGUUUCCGUUUUGAAUCCUAAAGAAAGCACAGACACAACGAAGAUAAGAGGCCGCAAAGGAGGCAAGAAUGAAGAAGAUGUUCAGAAAACGGUAACCAAAAAGGAACUUCGGAGAAAGGAAAAGGAAGCUGCAUUGCUCGAGAAGAAGAUGGCUCUUCUGGAGAUUGCUCGUAAGAGAAUGACAGAAUCACAGCAACCAAAUGACGAAACAGUAAAAGAGACAAAACCUGAUGCUCAGGAGUACGUAAUACUAGACAAGGAUACCAAUAGCUCAGAACAAAGUACGAAAGGCACCAUUGAGGAAGAUUCCCUAACGGAAGAGCAACUGUACGAAGAAAAGGUUAAGAACAGAGUCGAGAUCAAACCUGAGGAAUGUCUGUUUUGCGGGAAAUUAUUCUCUGAUCAAAAGGAGGCUAUUACCCAUAUGUUCCAUUCCCAUGGGUUGUACAUUCCAGAAAGAGAUUAUCUGGUGGAUGAAGCUGGUCUGAUACAUUAUCUUGCUGAAAAGAUUGGCUUUGGAAACAUUUGUCUGUGCUGUAAUUUUCAAGGAAGAUCUUUAGAAUCUGUUAGAGAUCAUAUGCUGGCAAAAAGACACUGUAGAUUGCCAUAUGAAUCAGAGGACGAACAGUUAGAGAUUUCAGAGUUUUACGAUUUUACAUCAAGUUAUAAGGCAAAGGAAAAAAUUGUUGUUGUUGAUGGCGUUGGCGGAACUAGCAUCGAUACAGAUGACUGGGAAGAUGUUGAAGGUGAAGAAAAUAGUGACGAAGAAGAAGCCCCUAAGGAGGUUUCAUACGUUGUUGGAUCAGAUCUGGUUCUUCCAACUGGAUUGAUUGUGGGGCACAGAUCGUUACAGCGCUAUUACAAGCAGAAUCUACCAGCUGAGCGGGGUUUGAAGGAGGGAGAAGGAACAGUUAUUGCAGCAGAUGCAAGACAUUUGUCUGUCACCUAUGAUAAGAAACUUGCUCAAGAACAAAAGAGAGUGUGGACUAAACAGCAAAAAGAUGCUUACAGAAACGAUAGAAGAUCUGCCAAGUUCAUCAAUAACCAGCCCCAUUUUAGAGACGAGCUUUUGCAGUGA